AUGGUCAGUGGGGACUGCCCAGCGUUGGAGGACUCCUCGGCCAGGGGAGAUCACGGGGGCGCCAACGCCAUCUACCGUCCAGCCGGGGGCGCGAUCGGCCGUCGUACAAUGCGGCAUUGUUCUGAGGCCGGCAUCUGCGGAGAGUUGUCGCGGUCCAGCGGGCAUCUUUACGCUUUCUCCCGUCGUACCAUUCCUCGCAGUCACGAGCACGCCGCCAUGCCACAUACGAGUCAGUACCUACCACAUACACUCCGGCCGCUCCAUGCUUUGGGCGACAUAGAGUCAUUCAUAGACGGCUUAAACUGCAAAGACUUCCUCUCCCUUAGGAAACUUGAAGAUCACGAGCAGCGGGGUCUCAUGCUUCGACCCGAGAGUGAUUUCUGUUCUUUUUCA